CGCUGCGUCCCGGGUUCGCUUGGCGGUCGCACCGUAACUCCCGAGUCACCUGCCCGACGCUUUCGGGUUUCCCGCACACACCGAACCCGACAGCUCUGCGGACAUGGACCAUGCCUGAUGUCCCCAUGUGUCCGGACACGCCCUGGAGAGUGAAUUCGUCGCCGACGCGGACCGUGGAAGCCCUCGUGCAGUGUGAUGUGUCGCGUCUGUGACGUUUCCGUUUCUGUGUGCUGGUCACCGCCGUGUUGACCCCCCGUGACCCGCGACCGAACAUGACGCACUGAUCAUGUUGUGCAAGUGCUUGUUUUUGUGUCUUCUCGCCGCCUGCACGGAGAUCACUCUGCAGCAGGAUGAGGAUAUUCCGCACCACGAAGUCAAGAAUUGGGCCUUGAAAUUUGGUGUUGAUCUGUGGGAAUUUGGCCGCCAGUUCACGAAACUAAAUGAGAUUCAAAAGAAAUAUCAUGACUUUGACGUACAGAUAUCGAGGAAAGAUGGGUUGAUUCUCAUCAGAGAGCUGGCGGCUGAAGUCAAGAACAUGAUGGAUAUCAAAAUGAACGCUUUAAUGAGGAUAAUGGACUCCGCAGAGCAAGCUGCCUUGCCGCAAAAGUUCGACUCGAGCAGCCCCAAGUACUUCAAUAGCAAGGACAUUAACUCGCCGAAAACUGGCUCGGGCAGUUUCAUGGAGUUCAACAAGCAUUUUGACCAUUCUUAUGUUAACACUUCAUUUAGUGUCGUCAUAGUCCCGAAUAAAGUCAAAGAGACUGACCCAAAAGUUCUAAAUUCACUGAAAUGGUCAGAACACCUAGAUCCUGUUUUUGUGAAUAAUUAUGAGAUGGAUCCAGGUCUCUCAUGGCAGUAUUUCGGGAGCUCCUCUGGAUUUCUCCGGAGAUUUCCAGCUAUGAAGUGGCCUUCUGAAGAAUACACUACAAAAGACCUAGACGAUUUUCGGACCAAUCUAUGGUUUGUCAAUGCUGCCACAAGCCCUAAAGACAUCGUUAUACUUCUAGACACCUCUAAGAGCAUGUCCGGGAAAACCAGAGACUUAGCUCAUGCUACCGUCAGAAUGAUUCUCGAUACCUUGGGCGCCAAUGACUUCGUCAAUAUUUUCAAGUUCAGUGAAACUACUCAAGAAAUACUGCCCUGCUACAAGGACCUAUUGGUUCAAGGUACUGAUGAAAACAAGAAUGAACUAAAACAAGCUCUUGGAAGCACAGGCUCUAGCGGUGUUUCAAAUUUUACCGCUGCUUUUGUUACGGCGUUCGAAAUUCUGCACAAGUACAACCGCACACGACAAGGCUGCCAAUGCAAUCAAGCAAUCAUGUUGAUUUCUGAUGGUCCAUCUAGUAAUUUGAAGGAUGUUUUCCAAAUGUACAACUUCCCGCACAUGCCAGUGAGAGUAUUCACUUACCUUGUUGGUAAAGAUGCAUCUAACGCCAAGGAAAUGCUAUGGAUGGCCUGUGCAAAUAAAGGUUAUUUUGAACAUAUCAAAGAUUUUGACGAAAUCAGGGAGAGAGUUUUAAAUUAUAUCUUGGUCAUGGCUCGGCCAAUGGUGAUGUACCAACAGGAUCAUCCUGUUUCUUGGACACCUGCUUACCCCGGAGGCAAAGCAAACUCUCUUGUGAAUAGCUUGAUAGAAGAGGGUCAACUAAUGACGACCGUAUCAACUCCUGUCUUUGAUCGGCGAAACUAUUCUGUACGAACUGCAAACUUGUUGGGUGUUGUGGGUACAGAUGUACCGAUUCAGCAAAUAAAAAAGCUUGUGCCUCCAUACAGGCUUGGUGUCAAUGGCUAUUCAUUCAUUGUCAACAACAAUGGACAUGUGCUGUAUCAUCCUGAGCUCCUGACCGUGCCAAGCAAAGAUUUGUACAUGGAGAAGUUGAAACCUAGAUACUCAAAUGUAGACCUAUUAGAAGUGGAGCUGGUGGAUUCAGAAGGAAAUCUUUUUGAGAAUAAUACCUUGCUCUUUGAUUUGCGGCAUGACAUGAUUGACCAGAAAGAAGGAGAAACGGAGUUCAAAAUCAAAGUGCACUAUAAUGACAUGAGACGUGUCACCACACGAAGGCACAAAUACUUCUAUCAUCCAAUAGAAGGUACUCCGUUCUCUCUGGGUCUUGCAUUGCCGGAUGGUUAUGGCUUGUUUGAAGUUAACGGUGAACGAGAAAUAAAACUUGACCCUGCCAACGUCACCGAAUAUUUUAAAGGCAAAAAUUGGAAAGUUCACCCUGAAUGGGUGUAUUGCGAGUACAAUUAUGCCAAUUACAUGAACUUCAAAUCGCCAGAAGAGCAAGUUUUGCACUUCCUUACCCGGACGAAACAACCCGGAUGGAAGUGGAUGUCACUAAGACCGAGAGCUCCGCAAAGAGAUCCAGGUCUUAGUGAUGUCAAAAAAAUGGAACAUGAUUCCUAUUUUUGUGAUAAAACUUUGAUGCAAUCACUGGUACUAGAUGCCUUAGUCACGGACGGAUGGGAAAGGCCAAGCUUAUCAACGCUCAAGGAAGAAAAACACCCCCUGGCCACUCUCAUGGCACUCCUGCACAGACAAGGCUAUCAGAUGUUUGGAGUUACUUUGACCUUCAUCGCUACCAGAAGUGGACUCUUGCGAUGGCAAGAUCACUCCAAAGACCAAUCUGAAUCAGGGCAAGAUCAGAUUUUCAGUGAAAAUAACCGCAAAGCAAUAGACGAAACAUGGUACAAACGUGCGGUUGAUCAGCACACCAUUGAGCCUGAAAGUUUUGUGUUUUCAGUCCCCUUCAAUGCUCGAGACGAUCCAAAAACAUUGGUUACAGCAACUCAUGCUGUGUUUGUGGAAAGCAAAGGGCAUCGCGCUCCUGCAGCCGUUGUUGGACUCCAAUUUCAGCAUUCAUCUCUUGCUUCCCAUUUCAAGAAUAUCACGUCUACGUGCACUGGUGCGGGCACCAGCUGCAAGAAAACUUGCGCAUCGGAAGAUCUGGAUUGCUACGUGUUGGACAACAACGGCUUUAUUAUUCUGUCUGAGAAACCAGAGCACACUGGUAUGUUCUUCGGUCAGGCAGAUGGCACAAUAAUGGACUCACUCGUUCAAGAUGGCAUCUACAAGAAAAUGUCUGUUCAUGACUACCAAGGGGCUUGCGAUGAUGUCAGAUCCUCCUCCAAGGACUCCGCAUCCAUGUUAACUCCUUUGAGGUCAGUCAUUUGGCUCCUGGAAUGGAUAAUUGGACACGUUAUGGUUAUUGCUGUUCACACUCAUCUCAUUCAGAUAUUCGACCCACAUUGGAGCUUGGCACAAGAAGACUCCGAGAAUCCCAUUUACUCGGAGGACUAUGACUCAAACAGCUUUGAGCAGUACCCGGACACCAACAGCAACCCAGAUGCAUCUCUUUUCGAUGUCAUCAAAUCGGAAGAACCCCCUCUGUUGGUCAACGAGAAAAUUGAGGUCGAUGAUUAUGCUGAGGUCGUUCCUCCCGUCAUCCCAAGCCCUCCUGUUGUGCCUGUCAGUAGACCCAACCGAUCCCGCAAUGCACGUCCCUGCCACAAGAAAGUUGACCUUUACGUUCUCCAGCCCAACCGGCUUAACAAUAGUGGGCUGUUCAAUCCGCUGAAAGGAAAACUCACCAACUGUCAUGUUACAGGCUGUGAAAGGCCUUUCAGUGUGCAGAAAAUCCCUCACAGCAAUCUUAUUUUACUGGUGGUUGACACUCUUUGCCCAUGCGGCUCGAAGACACUAAGCAUUGUCGCCCAAGAAGUCAUCCCUGGUUUCGACAAUACUUCCACUGCCCCUCCAUGUCGGAGGGAUUCGAUAAACAUCUAUCGGCGGAGGCCCGAAAAGUGCAUCAACUAUCAUCCUGAGGAAGUGAUGAUAGAGCAGUGUGGAGGAAGCAGCAAGGCAGCUGUCAGUCUUGUCCUCAUCUCAAUGGUUGCCGCAAUGCCUUCGUAUUUCUCUUGAUGGUUGAGCCUUGUCAAUACUUGUAAUUAAUAAUGUUGUUAUUUUUAGUACCAAAUUUGCUGAUGCCGUGAAACAUUUUUUAUCAUUUGUACGAGCAUCAAAAUUUCCAAUUCUUCUCUGCACUUAAAAGUUGGAUGAUUCUCAAUCUGGACACAAAUUGUUCAUUGAAGUUGUCCAAGGCAGUUAGAAGUACUUUGGAUGAAGGGUAGUAAAUAAGUAUGGAGGUUUUAUUGACUUCCGUUUGAUUGUUCUUUGGAAAUUUGUAUGUGUUCAAUAAGCAGCGCACAAUUCUCAGUGGAGGGAUGAUACUUUAUCGUUCUUUUUGCUGUGGAUAAAAUUGUUUUUUCUUGGGGUAAGAAAGUUACAAACCUUUCAGAAACAAUUGAUUGUGGAGAUGAUGUUCUUUAAUGUUGGAAAAGAACUUAAGACAAUGAAAGUAUCUCUCUUUAGAAAAUUAUUAGUGUGAAUAAACGUUAGGCAAACUGUACAUAGGUAUGUAUACCAGAUUGUGAAUCUGGUCAUCUAGUUAAUUCACUUGUUUUUUGAACAGGGUGUGCAAAAAAAAUCUUCUAAAAAUGUUUGUGAAACCUUUUAGAUUCAACUUGUCUCUUCUGUGUCAAAAAUGCCUUGUGUCUAAUGUGUUAUUCUCUUCACAUCAAUAAUAGUCGAGAAACCUCGCACUCUCUCAUUUCGACUCUACGACCGAGCUCCAAAAAUUCAGCUCUUGGAGUCGAUCUUGUCGUUAUUUGUUACAUUAGUUACUGUUGCAAGUGAUUUCAACUUCUCGUAAUUUUUAUGGUUCAGUGAAAAUGUUUUUUCCUCUCUUUUUUAAACCUCUAACACACCAUGAAACUGUUGUUUGUAACAAAUUGGUGAGGGAAAAUCGGUUAAAGGGUUGGCUGCCGCCAACUGAAUAUCUCAUUACAGGUACAAAAAGUCAAUGUCCCUUUCUCUGUUUUAAGUUGUCCAACAAUCAACAGUAAUAUAUUAAGCUACUUGGUUGUGUCGUUAACAGGCCACAUAUCUGUUUUCUGCCUCAUUUUUAUUGCAAUCUAAUUAUCUUAUUUCAAUAAAUUGUGCUGUCUCUUUCAAUUCUCAAAAGAUAUCGGUUCCUGAAAUUUACGAAUAUCGAAGCAACUCAAAAGUCUAUGCAGUGUUUUUUCAUCCAGUCUGAGUGAAACAUAAGUGACUAAAACUCUCUGAUAAUUCGAGAUGCAGACUAAAUUUUUCAGCAAUCUAAGGACAAAUUUACAUAGAACUCAUCUUCUAGAACUUCGAUUAUCUGGGUGCAUAGGAUUGGAUACUUGCUGAGGUGGACAACAGAGAAAGAGCUGCUGCUUGAAAAAUAAAUUAUUAAGUUCAAAUAGAAAUAUGACAAUUAUUUUUUUUAAUUAAGCCAGCAUAAUAUUUCUGUAAGAGACAGUUUUUAUUUAUGAGUCAUCCUAUCUUUACUUCAGUACUCAUUUUUCUGAAUUUAGUCUGUAAUUUGAGUACCUAUCCAAGUUGGUAUUCAGUGUCAAAAUGAGGUUCAGUUCUGAUGGAUCUAAAUGUUCAGGAUUUCAUUGGAUGAGACUUUCUUCAUUUUUAUGGAAAUCUAGAAUAAUUGUUGUAAUUUUUGUUAUGCCCUCAAAAAUGUUUUUCAGAAGAAAGGUGGAAUCAGUAAGCAAUUUAUUUCCCUUUCAACUUACUUAUAUUUGCCUGGAGCUUCUCUCCUUUUACCACAUAUCUGAAUUUUACUCCCAUUUGAGGAAAGAGACAAUAUCGUUGUUUAGUUUUAGGGUAAGACAAUAAUUGUGAAUUAUUGAACUGUUAUUGAUCUUUAUCAGUAGGCGUAAAUUUCAAGAAUUUCCUCUUAGCCUCUACCAGGCUUGUGUUGGAAAUGAAUCGCUUACCACUGAGAGGAAUCUACUCAAGUAUAGGAAUAGUGAUCGAUUUUCUUUCAUUGGUCAUAUUGAGUAAUUUAUUACCUGCAUUGGCCCUAGACAGUAAAUGUUAUCAAAGCUAUGCAUUAUAAACAUGAGAAUAAGUGUUUAAAAAUGGUUCCUAAGAAUUAAGGAAACCUCAAGCACUCUUUGUUAAUUUUACACUUAUGUCUGCGUCCCAAGCCAAAGAAGGUUCCAAGACUAACGAUGAGAACGCAAAAUGAGAAUGUAUUCCUCUAUAAGUUUUAUGUGUCUUCUUCAUAUCAUUUACAUUUUUACCCUAUAUCAUUUUUAACCCCAGAUAAAACUGUCAUAUCAAAGUCAUCAUAUCUGCUCAGUUUCACUCUGUCAACAAUACCUAUCCUCUCGAACCCUCAUUCUUUUUUUUUUGUUCCUUAUCAAAUGGUCUUUCAUAUCAGUUCUAUAUCUAAAAUAACAGAGCAUUUUAUGACCCUGUACCUUUCCCCUUUUGGAACUAUUUGACGCCAACUAACAGUGUUUUGUUUUGUGGCUUGACACCAAAACAGUUUUACCAAAAGAGGUCUAACCUCAGUAAAAUACUUGUACCUUGGAUAAAUUUUGUUGCCUUGUCAACCUUUCGCUGGAAUUUAUCUGACCUUCUUCACCAUCAUAAAACUCGUCUUUUGUUUUGUUUCGUACGUGUUCAUCAACGCUUUUACACAUCAAUCUUACAUCACCAUUCCAAUAACGUAAAAAUAUCUUCUUUAAAUUAUUUUAUCGAAUAAGAUCCAUCUGAUUCCAAGCAGUGAUCAGUUUUCACCGUCACAGAAUUGUGUUUUGAUAGAGCCAUCUCCUAGAUCAGGAAAAAUAAUCAGAUCCGUGUUAAAAGAGAGUUUCUACAUCCAGUAUUAUUAAUGUUGUCCAUUAAGAUGGGCAGUGGAUGAUGUUGAUGUACCAACAGCAUUAACGCAUUCCGUUGUUUCUCCCUUCUUGAUAUUUUUAAUUACUUGAAAUAAAAUUUGCGUCAGGUGCGCUACAAGCAUCAUUUAUAAGAGCAAGGUGGAAAAAAACUAUAGUAUCUGCUACCGCAGUAGAUGACAUUCAUCACCCUUAAAUUAUGCAAGGCAGUAUCUCCGAUUAUGUAUGACGUGUACACUCACCAUUCUAACACAGGGGCGGAAUAUUCGGCCCAUCAGUGAUUAGAAUGGCCUAUUUCAGUUGUUUGUCGAUAAUGCAGUCCAAAAGUACCCUAAGUAUUGAGUGGCCCACCAGAAUUUCUUGUUGUGUUUCCGCCUGUCAGUCCGCCCCUGUUCAAAUAGAUCUCAUUAUUUUUUGUGAUUCUAUGGAGCGCAACAAUCGAAGCGUAACUCAGCAACUCCGCAAGUUGAUUCUUGCUCUAUCUCGUUCUUUUGCUUGAUAGUAAAAGAAGCUUGAGGCGUGUCAAGCUAAAAUUGAAUUUUUUUUUCAGAUUCAAAAUGCACAGCUUUAAAAUCGCUUGAGGAUUUCAAAAUAUGUACUGCUUGUGUCUCCACAAAUUCUUUCCAUACCUAUUCUAUACAUUGUAUCAUAACUUUGAUGAGUAGUGCUUACCUACCUACCCUUGUAAAUGUGCCCCUUAUGUAUAAAACGUAAAAGUAGCGUCAAAGUAUUUUGUUUUCAAACUUGUUACUUACCUUUUUUUUACAAGAAAAAUGGAGUUUGAACUAGCCAGUGAUAAUUUGAUAGUUUUUUAAAUUGAACAAGAUCAUAGUCGAAGCUUCAUUGUUAAUGAGUGUUGUGUCGACAAAGUCAAUGAUGCAUGCUUGUUUACUUGGUUGCUCUCUUUUCUGAUGAGCAGAAAAAAAAAUUGUCGUAAACCUCCGUGUUUCUCUCUGAUUCAUAGUUCUGUCAGUCAGCUAACAUUAUUACCUACGACAGUUUACUCAUGUAAAUAAUCUCAAUUUUAAGUACACUGUCUUAAAUGCAGCAGUUAAAAAGAGAGUAACUCUUGAUGCUAGACUCUUGAACUUUUGUUUGUUGCAAAUUGAUCAAGACCAAACAUUUUCUUGGAAGCAAAAAUGUCUUCAGCCCUGAGCUCCCUAAGGAAAAACGAGAUGCAAGUUUCGAGUGUCAGAAGUUCCAUGUUCCUGAAGACUAAGUAUCGAAAUAACAGUUUUCCGUACAAACUUAGCCUUGAAGACUUGAGUAUUCGAAUAUCAGCCUACCUUACGAACUUAGCCUUGAAUAAGUUCAACCUACCGGUUGAAGAUGAAUUACGACUGUGACACUCCCAAACCACGUAUUUCGGUUUGCGAUGUUGCAGGUUUCCGGUCCUACUUUAUUUUUUAAAUGGAGAACUACUCACCGACAAUUCUGAAAAACUUCCUUGAUUUUUCUUUUGGGUGCAAAGCAAAUUCUGAAAAAAUUCAAGGAAUGAUGUCGAUUUGCUAUUAUUCAGAAAAAUAAAAUAGAAGCGGAAAUUUUUAGACUCUGCAAAUGAGAUACAAGGUUUAGGAGUUUCACCAUUGAUUAGUAAGCAACAGAGUGAACUUCAUCUAUGGUCAUUCAUUUAUGACUUUUCUUUAUUCCCACCAGAAUCCUAUUCUUUCAUGACAAAUAGUCAAACUCACAAUAUGAAGGUAUUUUUAUAACAGUUUUAUUGAUUUAGGUACGUAACUUAACGAAAGUAUGGGUUAUUUUCUAUUUUUAAUUUUGAAUAAAUAUUAUCUUUUUGAUAGAAAAUGCUUUGAUAAAGGUGUUAAUACUAAAGUUGUCUUCCAUAAGAUAUUUUUCUGUUUUAAGGACAUGUUGAAAACAAUGAGUCUCUUGAAACUGUAGAAUUAAGUUUAAUAUAAUUACUUAUCUAAAAUGUAUUAUGUUCUCAAUGAAAUUGGAAAGGACAUUCUUUUCUCCAUGUUAUCUGAAUUUUCUUUAAAAUUGUUUUUAACCAGUUACUAUUUUGAUCCUAUAAGAACCUUUUUAUUCUCUCUUGAUUCUAGGUAUAAUUUUAGUUCGUCCACUAUUUAUUAUUUUACCUUGUUUGUUCAACUUAUAUUUUAUUUUUGUUUUGUUCAAGUUUUUUAGCUGGUGCUGAAAAGUUCCUCAGAAUCUCUGGAAACUAAAAGCCACAAACUUGUAUUCUAGUAGCAAUAGCAUUGAUCUUUCUAGUCUCAUUUUCCCCCUUUUUCUUUCAUCUGUACACUGUCAAAUUACAUGUUCAUGGUUUUUUUCUGUUUUAACAAAAAUGAUAAAUAUUUCCAGAUUGCUUUUAUUCAAAUUAGUGCACUUCAGUUUCACAAGAUUUUUACUUUAAAGUCGCUUAAAUUUAAGCAUUUUGCAAAACGCACAAUUCUCACUUUGCUCAUAAGAGACUUUCUUGUUUGUUUCCUUUGCAUUCAGCUCCUCCAUCUGUGUUAAUUCCCUCAUUUAAGGGGAAUUUUUAAAAUUGUUUUCAAUAAACAAUUUUCAAGUUGCAUUUUCUCCUUCCAAAA